GAUCCCGUGCUUUUCUCCGGAACGCUACGUUUCAAUCUGGAUCCGUUCAAUUCGUACGAUGACGCAACCGUAUGGGAGGCCCUUCGAAUGGCUGAUUUGAAGUCAUUUGUAGAGGAAUUAGCUGGCGAUGCUGGUCUCGACAUGACCGUGUCCGAGGGCGGGAGCAAUCUCAGCCAGGGACAGCGACAGUUGGUAUGCCUGGCCCGUGCCCUGCUGCGUCGCUCACACAUCCUGGUCCUAGACGAAGCUACCGCAGCUGUUGAUCCGCAGACCGAUCAACUCAUUCAGACCACUGUCCGUCGAGAGUUCAAGUCCAGCACGGUGCUGACAAUUGCCCAUCGGCUGAACACUAUUCUUGACUAUGACAGGUGA